AGCACCUAAUAUUCCUUCUUCUAGUCGUACAUAUCGCGAAGAAGUAGUCAAACUGCUGUGUCCAUCACUAUGUAUCCUAUCACUCCUCAUGAGACAGUACUCGAAUCUCCUAAUCCGGUGUUCGGUCGUAAAGUCGACUGCCUAGUGUGGAGUCCUGUCCACGAGUAUGAAGUUCGUUCUCACGCUGACACUGCGAGCUUCCAACGUUUUAUAUGCGUCCAGCUCCUCAGAUGUCGCGUCUCGACUACGCCUUACUUCGCCCCGGUCUCGCCCCGCCCCUCACCCCCUUCCCUUAGUAAUCGUUGUGCGGCCCCAUUGCCUGCCUCGAUAAGCGGUGUGGUUUCAUCUCGUCCAUCGGAUGUAAUAAAUGUUCAUCGCCGCCGCAGAAAUGGACACAGAUCUGCCAGUGGAGAAGAUCGCGGUGUCGCCGUUCGAUAAAUCCUGCUCAGACGCAGAUCUCGUUCUGUGUUCAUCUGAUAGGGUCGAAUUCUUCGCACACCGAGCAACGUUGACCAUAGCGUCUGAGGUAUUCGCGAACAUGUCCGCCGACGCAGUGCCGUCUACCCGAUUCGACAUCGACUCAGCAUAUCCACAUGAAGAUUGCGAUUUACCUCUCACAAGGCUCGCAGAAGACGGCACUACACUCGAUACCCUACUUCGGUUUCUGUAUCCCGUUGAACGACCGGUGCUACCUGCCUUGCGAGACGCACUGAACGUUAUUGUUGCAAGCUCGAAGUACAUAAUUAACCACGCCACGGAGGAUGCCCCGAAGCAAUUCGAAACACUGGCCGAAGAGUAGCCUCUUCGCGCAUAUGCGAUGGCUUUUGUACAACGUCACGAGGACGCGCUUCGAGUCGCCGCGAGAGCUUGUCUCUUGCACCCUUGCCCAGACAUCGGCGAUCCUGGGAUAUCGGAGCAGCUGCAGGACGUAACGGUGGCGGGCUACUUCCGCCUGCGCAGCUAUCAUGCCCCCUGCAGUGUUGCCGCAGUUGCCGUGUCACGGAGACACGGUACUGAUACUUCGACUUCCGAAAAACCGUGGUUCACUCACACCCAUGACGUCUGCGACAUGUAUCCUCAGGGACAGCGUUGGUGGCCGUGCGGGUGGUGGCUUCAUGACCUCGAGUCCGCGACGACGAAGAUCGGCUUGACUCCGCAUCCCCGAGCAGCCGUGACACUCGUUGGCCGACUUCUGGAAAAGGGAGUGCGCGACCAGAACCUUUUGGACAUUUUCCCCGUCGCUCGCGCGCUGGAGGUAUUUGGGAAAGAAGUUGCCUCCGAUGUG